UAAUCACAUGGGCAACCAGAACCCAAUCGACGGAGUCCGGAAAUUGGACCCAAAGCUAUUUACCUCGGUCACUCUGGUUUGAAGUAUUAUCGAUUAGUCCUUGUUGCCUAUCGCCCACAUCCUCUCCAAGAUACAGGAUACCCAGUCAUACCAGCACUAACCAUUGCUGAGGAUUCAAUCGAAUAUUGUUGCUGGUUUACUUGAUCUUUUGCGAUAGUAUCCAUAGCUAUGAUUUUGUGAAUCAAACCCGGGACUCGAGAGUCGUGCCAGCAGGCAAUCCCCAUUUGACGAUCGACAUCGGUUGGCGUGACCCCCUCCUGCCGGUCCGAGCAUCAUAGGAGGUUAUAUAAAACCAGCUCACUUCUCAAGGCCGAUUGAUCAUCCUUUCAUACAUUCACCCCAUAACUUGACCCUUCGAAUUCUGGCCGCACAAUCCUCGUCUGAAUAGUUGUAGCACUCAAACCUAUAACCUCUAUCCUUCCACCCAUUUCGAUAAUUUUUAGAUCCUUAACAUAAGUCAACAUUCGCAACCCACCGAGACUAUCUCAUUAGAAAUGCUUCUGCGUCGGCUCUCAGCGGUCUUAAUUGCGUCCACACAACUCACUUCCACCAUCGCACGUCCACAAGGCCUGUUCGAUACGCGAUUGGAUGGGGCCGGCGAUAACCAAAGGUUCACCGACCUCGUCAACACGAUGAACAUCGGACUUGCCAAAGUGAAACAAGCAAAUGGUGUAGACCAAGCUUCAGUAUACUAUAUCAUAGCCGAUAUGGUGUUCAUGGUUCCGCAAAUAGACCUAGCUGUGCGAGCCAUCGGACAGAAUGCAGCCAGAGUCACAGCAGGUGCAGAUAACAUUGUGAUUGGUAACACUGUACAGAACGUAUCGGAUGACAACUUUAAAAUCGGGAAAACCCUUUUUGAAAUGUGGUUCGAAUGGAUGCACCCAGAUGUAAUUAACCAGUACAUUCAAGUAUUGGAGACUGAAUUUAUGAAUAAUUCAAACCAAUUCGCCGGUGUCCAAGCUUUGGGUCGUAAAGACACGACCAUCGCAUAGACUUCUCGCCGCAAGCGGCCGUGAACGGUCAAUGACGCGGGGAGGAAGGUAAAUGAUCCGGUCUGACGGUCGAGCGGUGGAAAAGCUAAAAGAAGAUCAAGUUAAUGAUAAUAAAAAUUAAAUCACUGGCCAUGUUGCUGGUCGACGAAAUAUCUGCUAGUAAACAGUCUUCCACUCAGUGCAACCUGAGGAAAGACAAUGACUGUUGUGAUUUGUAGCUUAUGUAAACUAUGCCUUAUUCCAUUUCUCUCAAGGAGUAACUUUAGUUCCACCAAAUUGGCCAAAAGAAUGAAAAUUUAGAAAAAAAAAAAUGCAACUUGUGUUGGUCAAGAUAUUUCGAUUGCUAUGGAUAAUCACUCUCAGCUCAAUCUGAGGGAGGACAUUUAGUGUUGUGAUUAGUAGCUCAUGCAGGCUCUCUCCUAUUCCAUUUUUUGUACGCGUUAAUUUUGUAAAUAAGAAUUGCAUAUUUAAAACACAGCAAGUUAUCAGAAGAAAAAAAGAACAGA